UCCAAACCUUUCUUGCAAAAAAUUGAACCAACAAACUUGCCAUUUAGCCAAAAAUUCCUGUAAAUGAUAAUUUUAGUACCAAAAACAACAUUGAAUUAAAUAUGCGUAAUGGAUUCACACUUCCUUCAACUCAAUUAAAAUCAACCCCUCAAAUCCUAAUUCUCUCUCAUCACAAUCAAAAUCAUUCCCCAAGAACAUAUCUUUAUCCCUUUACUCUUCACCUUCAAACUAAUUUUCUCUCUCCUACUUCUAUUCCUGUACUUAGAUGCUGCUAUGGCAGCCAUGUAAUUGAUCUUUUGGUGCUGGGUUCACAUUCUUCAAUACCCAGUUCCAGAAAUUUGAGGAAGAAUCAGAGAUAUAAAGUAAAAGCUAGUGCUAGAGAAACCCCAUAUCAAGUUUUGGGGGUUUCUACUUCUGCUACUCCUAAUGAAAUUAAAAGGGCUUAUCGAAAACUUGCUCUUAAAUAUCACCCAGAUGUUAAUAAAGAGGCAAAUGCUCAAGAGAAAUUUUUGAGAAUAAAGCAUGCAUAUAAUACAUUGAUCAACUCUGAUUCUCGAGAUAGAUAUGAUGCUGGCAAUCGCAGAUCUGACUUUUCGUAUUCAUCUUCUGGAAGAAGUCAGAGCACCCAAGAAGAGGAAGAAUUCUAUGGAUUUGGUGAAUUUUUGACGGAUGUCCAAAUUACAGUAGGUGAUUUCUUUAAAGAUCUACAGGAAGAAUUUCAAAGCUGGGAAGCAAAUGCCUCAUCACAAGGGAAGCCAAAGAGCUUAUGGGAAGAGUUAUCGGAAAUAGGUGAAGAGUUUGUUGAAUUUUUAGAGAAGGAACUUAAUAUAACCAAUGAAGAUAUUGGUGGUGAGGCACCUAGAGAAGAUUCUUUUAAAAGUUCUGGUGCUCAAAGAGCAAGUAAUGUUGAUAAUGGAACAGGAGGAAAAAACAAAAACAGCAUUGAAGAGAGUAUUGACGACAUUGAAGCUGCUCUUGCUCAAUUAAAGAAGGAAUUAGGCCUAUAGCAGUAAAAUCACUUGAUCUUUUGCUUAAAUUUUGGUGUAUAUUAUAACACAAAACUAUAUCAUGAUAGUUUCAGCUGGAUAUACAGUUUCUUCAUAGUGAAUCUGUAACGUCUUUUAACGAGUGGGUGGAUCCAUGAAUACCAUUUUUGUCAUGCUU